CACAUACGGCGCGCCGCAGCGGUGGCCAUGUCCAAAUUUUGAAACGUGCGAUUUGUGUUGUGCCUAUGUGCCGGAUACAUGUCAACCAUUCGUUUGCGUGUACCUUUGUAAAAGUAGGCAUGAUCUGCUGUCUGUGGUGUUUAUGCAAAUGAAACUUAUUGCCCUGGAUCACAUUAUAAAUGGUGUGGUGAUCCUUUUCUGUUUUUGAGCCCAUAUCUGCACUGUGUCUCCCACGUGGCUUCGCUAUCUACGAUGGAUGAUGACCAGAAAGCCAAAUCUCACCGAGCACGCCACAGUGGUCGGAAGGCCGAGAAGAAAGAGAAGAAAAGUGAACAUGUUCAGGAGCUGACUGCAAAACAGCGAAAUCCAAAGGCUUUCUCUGUCCAAUCUGUGCAGAAGGCAGAGAAAAAAUUCCGAAGGGCUAAGGACCUGCAAGAGAAACGGCAUCAUGUACCCCUUGUUGAUCGAACUCCAGUCGAGCCACCGCCUUACAUAGUGGCUGUUGUUGGACCUCCCAAAGUUGGCAAAACGACCCUUGUUCAGUGCCUCAUAAAGAACUUUACGAGGCAGUUUGUGAGCACCAUAACUGGUCCGAUCACGAUUGUGUCUGGAAAGAAACGUAGGCUGACACUUCUGGAGUGCAACAAUGAUAUUAACUGCAUGAUAGAUGUGGCAAAAGUAGCCGAUUUGGUGCUGCUCAUGGUGGAUGCCAGCUAUGGCUUUGAAAUGGAGACCUUCGAGUUUUUGAACAUUUGUCAAGUUCAUGGUUUCCCUAGAAUCAUGGGUGUACUCUCACACUUGGACAUGAUCAAGAAUGCCAAGACACUGCGUCAUACCAAAAAGCAAAUGAAGCAUCGCUUCUGGACUGAAAUAUAUCAGGGCGCCAAACUCUUCUACUUGUCAGGCCUCAUAAGAGGAGAAUACUUGAAGAAUGAGAUUCAUAACCUUGGAAGGUUUAUCUCAGUUAUGAAGUUUAGGCCACUUCAGUGGCGAACAUCCCACCCAUACCUGCUUGUGGACCGAAUGGAAGAUGUCACUGAUCCAGAGUUAAUUCGUGUCACUCCAAAGUGCGAUCGAAAUAUUUGCGUAUACGGAUAUGCAAGAGGAGCAAGCUUAAAGAGCAAGACCAACAUCCACAUCCCAGGUUGUGGUGACUUCGCCAUCCAUGAGGUUAGCCUGCUUCCUGACCCAUGCCCACUGCCUGACAAGGAGAAACGGCGCUCUCUUAAUGAGAAGGAGCGCCUCCUUUAUGCUCCAAUGGCCGGAGUUGGAGGUGUUGUCUUCGACAAGGAUGCUGUCUACAUAGACUUGAGUGGAAGCCACUCCCACAAGGAAGGACGAGGGGAGGAUGGGAACAAAGUGGACCAGAUGUUGCAAUCAAUGAUGAAGACCAAACAGACUAUUGAUGCCAAGAUGCAAACAAGCAAAUUUUCGCUGUUUUCUGAUGGUGGUGUUCUUUCUCCUGCUGAUGUUGAAAGUGCUGUGCAAGAAUCAAAAUCAAGAUCUCGAAGGCCAGCAUUAGCACCCGUAUCGGAAAGUGGAGCCAACAGUGGAUCAGAGGACGAGUCUGAUGAAGAUGUAUUGGGUGAAGAAAGUGAUAUGGAAGAGAGUGACGAGGAGGGCCAAAACGGACACGAAGCGAGGGAUGAGGUUACAUCAGAUGAGGAUGAUGAUGAAUUUGACUUGGGUGAUGAAGGUGACAACCUGAAAGGCUCUGGUGAUGAUGGUAGUGGUGAUGACGAUGAAGAAGACAGGUACAAAUGGAAGAAAACCAUGAAGGAGAAGGCAGCUCAAGCCUUUCAUGCUCGAUCCCAGAAGCAACGGAACCUACAGUUUAUAAUCUAUGGAAAUGAGGUUGAUUACAAGGAGGAAGAGAAAGAGGAAACUGAAGACACGGCAGACUUUCUUGGAGAGCUGUUCCGGAAAGUGAAAAAGCAGGAAAACACACAAGCGGAGAAACGUUCUUGGGAUGGUGUGGAGAGCACCCGGUGUAUGUUCACGGAGACUGAUGCCCUCGUCAAGGAUGAAGAGAUUUUGGACCUGAUCAAGGACUGUUUCGUGACUGGAAAAUGGGGCGACGAAGAGGAUGCCGAGGCAUUGUUGGAAAAGGAUGAGGAACUUUAUGGUGAUUUUGAAGAUCUUGAAACAAAGGGAAAAGAAGGCCAAGAACAAGAUGAUAAGACUGCAGCCGUGGAGCCGAGUGGAGAGGAGUCCAGUGGCAGAAGUAAGAAGCUCAGCCGGGAAGAGCGGGAUGCACAUUUGGAGGCCAAGCGGCAGGAACGCAAGCGAAAACUGAAAGAAGCUUUUGACAGUGAAUAUGACCAUGAAGAUGAAAAGACCCAUUUUGAUGAGCUCAAGAAAGAACUCAGUGAACAGACACAGCUGAACCAGAAAGAAUUUGAGGAUCUUGAAGACGAGCGGCGGGUCCAGUUCGAGGGCUACCGUGCGGGCCUUUACCUCCGUGUGGAGCUGCUGCGGAUGCCAUGUGAGCUGGUGGAGCACUUCAAUGCCUCAUACCCAAUGAUUCUUGGUGGCCUGAGUGUUGGAGAGGGUCGCACAGGCUACUGCCAGGUUCGCAUGAAGAAGCACCGUUGGUACAAGCGAAUCCUCAAGAGCAGUGACCCGCUCAUUCUCUCACUUGGCUGGCGACGCUUUCAGACCAUGCCAGUGUUUUCUACACAGGACCACAAUGGUCGCAACCGUUUUCUCAAGUAUACACCAAAGCAUCUUCACUGCAAUGCCACCUUUUGGGGUCCUAUUACACCACAGGGAACAGGAUUCGUGGCAGUGCAGCAAGUUCAUGAACAGACGGCAAGCUUCAGGAUUGCUGCCACAGGAGUGAUCCUCGACCUAGAUCGCUCGACACAGAUUGUCAAGAAGCUGAAGUUGACUGGAAAUCCUUACAAGAUCUAUAAGAAGACUGCUUUUGUCAAGAACAUGUUCACCUCUGCCCUUGAAGUAACCAAGUUUGAAGGUGCUGCACUACGCACAGUCAGUGGAAUUCGGGGACAAAUCAAGAAAGCACUUGGGACUCCACCUGGUGCUUAUCGGGCAACAUUUGAAGACAAAAUCCUGCUGAGUGACCUAGUGUUUCUGAGGGCAUGGACCGAAGUGCCAGUGCAGCGCUUCUACAUGACAUUGACUACAUUGCUUGCGCCAGAUGAAGAGAAAACUAAGUGGCAAGGCAUGAAAACAGUUGGACAACUGAGAGCUGAGCGGGGUCUGCAUGCACCUGUACUGCAAGACUCUCUCUACAAGCCUCCUGAGCGUAAAACAUUCCACUUCAAACCCUUUGUGAUCCCAAGGGAGCUGCAGAAGAACCUUCCCUAUAAGGACAAGCCAAAGGUGAAGUCAAUGACAGAGGGAGGCAAUGCCCUUGAGCGUGUGGCUGUUGUCCUGGAGGAAGCAGAAAAGGAGAAGCUCAAACUUAUGCAAAUGAUGAAGGUGGUGCACAAGGAGAAGCUGCGGAAUAUGAAAGAUAAGGUAAUCCAGAGGGUUAGGCAGCACCGUGCUGAAUGUCGGAAGAAUGAAAUGAAGCAGCUCAAGCGGCAGAAGGAGCUCAAAAAGAGGAUCUGCAAGGCUCUGACCAGAGGAAAGAAGCCACAAGCUAAGACAUGAAGGGCCACAACACUAGUCCAUAUUUCAUUUGUACAUAAGUGUCAAUAAAGAAAUGUACAUAUAA